GAAAAAGAAUCCCUGUCUCCCUAAGCAAAACAUGAAUAAAUAAAAGCAAUUGUUACGCGGACUGCUCUCCUCAUUUCAUUCGUUAAUGUUUUUGUGGUGGACUUAAAUACAUUCUCGGUUAACAUCAGUAAUAGGAGGGACGAAAUUAUUGAAACAUUCCUGUUGUAUCCGUCCGCCUAGUGUUGGGAGUCCCUGAGUGUGGUAUUCGUUCGCGUGGAGGAGGCGGGGCGCUGGCUGUGGGCAAAGCUGUCGCUCCCGAUUGCAGAAGCUGCUCUCUCCGUUUCCGCCAUUGCGGCUCCUACCUGAGGGACACCCAGAGAGAGCGACAGAAAAGGGGAGCAGACGGUCUACAUCCAUUGCUUAGAAAGAAUAUAAAGAAAGAUUAGUGCCGUCCCUUUCUGGGUUUUUCUCCUGUCUAGCCCAUUGAACGUACGAGAGAAACAAGGUGACAGUGGGAGACGGUGCAAGAGAAGCGGCAGCAGCGCUAACAACCGCCAUGGCUCAGAUCCUCCCGAUCCGCUUCCAGGAGCACCUGCAGCUCCAAAAUCUGGGUAUUAAUCCAGCCAACAUUGGUUUUAGUACCCUUACAAUGGAGUCUGAUAAAUUCAUCUGCAUUCGGGAGAAGGUAGGAGAGCAAGCCCAGGUGGUAAUUAUUGACAUGAAUGAUGCCAACAACCCGAUUCGCAGGCCUAUUUCAGCUGAUAAUGCCAUAAUGAAUCCAGCCAGCAAGGUCAUUGCUCUGAAAGAUGCCGGAAAAACACUCCAAAUUUUUAACAUUGAAAUGAAAAGCAAGAUGAAGGCCCACACCAUGACAGAUGAUGUCACCUUCUGGAAAUGGAUCUCUUUGAAUACUGUCGCCUUAGUGACUGACAACGCAGUCUAUCAUUGGAGUAUGGAGGGGGAAUCUCAGCCAGUAAAGGUGUUCGACCGUCAUUCAAGCUUGGCAGGCUGCCAGAUCAUUAAUUAUAGAACAGAUGCAAAGCAAAAGUGGCUACUUCUGACUGGAAUAUCUGCCCAGCAAAACCGUGUUGUGGGAGCCAUGCAGCUUUACUCCGUAGACAGGAAAGUGUCCCAGCCCAUCGAAGGACAUGCUGCCAGCUUUGCUCAGUUCAAGAUGGAAGGAAAUGCUGAAGAAUCAACCCUCUUCUGCUUUGCUGUAAGGGGUCAAGCUGGGGGAAAGCUCCAUAUUAUAGAAGUUGGUACACCACCUACAGGCAACCAGCCUUUUCCAAAGAAAGCUGUUGAUGUCUUCUUUCCUCCAGAAGCUCAGAAUGACUUUCCUGUUGCCAUGCAGAUUAGUGACAAGCAUGAUGUUGUUUUUCUGAUUACAAAAUAUGGCUACAUUCAUCUUUACGACCUAGAAACCGGAACCUGCAUUUAUAUGAAUCGUAUAAGUGGGGAAACCAUCUUUGUUACUGCUCCUCAUGAAGCCACAGCUGGAAUCAUCGGAGUAAACAGAAAGGGGCAGGUUCUUUCUGUGUGUGUUGAAGAGGAGAACAUAAUCCCAUAUAUCACAAACGUUCUGCAGAACCCUGAUCUAGCCUUGCGUAUGGCUGUAAGAAACAACCUUGCUGGAGCUGAGGAGCUUUUUGCUCGUAAAUUCAACGCUCUCUUUGCACAGGGAAAUUAUUCAGAAGCAGCAAAGGUGGCUGCAAAUGCCCCAAAGGGAAUACUACGUACACCAGAAACUAUCCGCCGUUUCCAAAGUGUUCCUGCACAACCAGGUCAAACCUCCCCAUUGCUGCAAUAUUUUGGAAUUCUUUUAGACCAAGGUCAACUCAACAAGUUUGAAUCCUUGGAGCUUUGCAGACCUGUGUUGCAACAAGGUCGCAAACAGCUUUUGGAGAAAUGGCUCAAGGAAGACAAGCUGGAGUGUUCUGAAGAAUUGGGAGAUCUUGUAAAGUCUGUUGACCCUACACUUGCCUUGAGUGUUUAUCUGAGGGCUAAUGUUCCAAACAAAGUAAUUCAGUGCUUUGCAGAGACUGGGCAGGUUCAGAAGAUUGUGCUCUAUGCAAAGAAGGUGGGCUAUACACCUGAUUGGAUUUUCCUGCUGCGAAAUGUUAUGAGAAUCAAUCCAGAUCAAGGCCAACAGUUUGCUCAAAUGUUGGUCCAAGAUGAGGAGCCUCUUGCAGAUAUCACCCAGAUUGUGGAUGUCUUUAUGGAAUACAACCUUAUCCAGCAAUGCACUGCUUUCUUACUGGAUGCUCUAAAAAAUAACCGUCCAACAGAAGGCCCUUUGCAAACUCGUCUCCUUGAAAUGAAUCUGAUGCAUGCACCUCAGGUGGCUGAUGCGAUUUUGGGCAACCAGAUGUUUACACAUUAUGAUCGUGCUCACAUUGCACAGCUUUGUGAGAAGGCAGGCCUCCUUCAGAGAGCUUUGGAACAUUUUACUGAUCUUUAUGACAUUAAAAGGGCAGUUGUCCACACUCAUCUUUUGAAUCCAGAGUGGCUGGUGAAUUAUUUUGGCUCCCUGUCUGUUGAAGAUUCUCUUGAAUGCUUGCGUGCCAUGCUCUCUGCAAACAUCCGGCAAAAUUUGCAGAUAUGUGUCCAAGUAGCUUCCAAAUACCAUGAGCAGCUUUCCACUCUGUCGCUUAUUGAACUUUUUGAAUCUUUCAAGAGCUUCGAAGGGCUGUUUUAUUUUCUGGGCUCUAUUGUCAACUUCAGCCAGGAUCCCGAUGUGCAUUUUAAAUAUAUCCAGGCAGCCUGCAAAACUGGUCAGAUUAAAGAAGUUGAAAGGAUAUGUAGAGAGAGUAACUGUUAUGAUCCCGAGCGAGUGAAAAACUUCCUAAAGGAAGCCAAGCUCACAGACCAGCUGCCACUGAUAAUUGUAUGUGAUCGCUUCGACUUUGUGCAUGAUCUUGUGCUGUAUCUGUACAGGAACAACCUACAGAAAUACAUUGAGAUCUACGUUCAAAAGGUAAACCCAAGUCGGUUGCCAGUAGUUAUUGGGGGCCUUCUUGAUGUGGAUUGCUCAGAAGAUGUAAUUAAGAACCUUAUCCUUGUUGUGAGGGGACAGUUCUCUACAGAUGAGCUUGUUGCUGAAGUUGAGAAAAGAAACAGGUUAAAACUCCUUUUGCCAUGGCUGGAAUCUCGAAUUCAUGAGGGAUGCGAAGAGCCUGCCACUCAUAAUGCUUUGGCUAAAAUAUACAUAGAUAGCAAUAAUAAUCCUGAACGAUUCCUACGAGAGAACCCAUACUACGACAGUCGUGUUGUUGGAAAGUAUUGUGAAAAAAGGGAUCCCCAUCUUGCAUGCGUUGCAUAUGAACGAGGACAGUGUGACCUGGAACUAAUAAAUGUUUGCAAUGAAAAUUCUCUUUUUAAAAGCCUGUCCCGUUACCUUGUACGUCGCAAAGAUCCGGAAUUGUGGGCCAGUGUCUUGUUGGAAAGCAACCCAUAUAGGAGACCUCUAAUUGAUCAGGUUGUGCAGACUGCUUUGUCUGAAACACAGGAUCCUGAAGAGGUGUCUGUUACUGUAAAAGCCUUUAUGACAGCAGACCUUCCUAAUGAGCUCAUUGAAUUGUUGGAGAAAAUUGUGUUGGACAACUCUGUCUUUAGUGAACACAGAAAUCUGCAGAACCUCUUGAUUCUGACUGCAAUUAAAGCUGACCGCACAAGGGUCAUGGAGUAUAUUAACCGCCUAGAUAACUAUGAUGCCCCGGACAUUGCAAACAUUGCCAUAAGCAAUGAGCUGUUUGAGGAAGCAUUUGCUAUUUUCAGGAAAUUUGAUGUGAACACUUCAGCUGUGCAGGUUCUGAUUGAACACAUUGGGAAUUUGGACCGGGCAUAUGAGUUUGCUGAGCGAUGCAAUGAACCAGCUGUUUGGAGUCAGCUUGCCAAAGCGCAGUUACAGAAAGGGAUGGUCAAGGAAGCUAUUGAUUCCUACAUUAAAGCAGAUGAUCCUUCUUCUUACAUGGAAGUUGUUCAAGCUGCCAAUGCUAGUGGAAACUGGGAGGAGUUGGUCAAAUACCUGCAAAUGGCUCGCAAAAAGGCACGAGAAUCCUAUGUGGAAACAGAGCUCAUAUUUGCUCUUGCUAAAACAAAUCGCCUUGCAGAACUAGAAGAGUUCAUUAAUGGACCAAAUAAUGCUCACAUUCAGCAGGUUGGUGAUCGCUGCUAUGAUGAAAAAAUGUAUGAUGCUGCUAAGCUCCUCUAUAACAAUGUUUCCAAUUUUGGACGCUUGGCAUCCACUUUGGUUCACUUAGGAGAGUAUCAAGCAGCUGUGGAUGGUGCUCGUAAGGCAAAUAGCACACGCACUUGGAAAGAGGUUUGCUUUGCUUGUGUUGAUGGAAAAGAGUUUCGCCUAGCACAGAUGUGUGGUCUUCAUAUUGUGGUUCAUGCUGAUGAAUUGGAGGAGCUUAUAAAUUAUUACCAGGAUCGAGGGUAUUUUGAAGAACUUAUCACUAUGUUGGAGGCAGCUCUUGGACUGGAAAGGGCACACAUGGGAAUGUUCACUGAACUUGCAAUCCUCUACUCUAAAUUUAAACCCCAGAAAAUGCGGGAGCACUUGGAGCUGUUCUGGUCAAGAGUCAAUAUUCCUAAGGUGCUAAGAGCAGCAGAGCAGGCUCACUUGUGGGCAGAAUUAGUAUUCCUGUAUGAUAAGUAUGAAGAGUACGACAAUGCUAUCAUCACAAUGAUGAACCACGCCACAGAUGCAUGGAAGGAAGGACAAUUUAAAGACAUCAUUACAAAGGUUGCAAAUGUUGAAUUGUAUUACAGAGCAAUCCAGUUUUACUUGGAGUUCAAGCCACUGUUACUGAAUGAUCUUCUGAUGGUGCUCUCACCAAGACUUGACCACACCCGUGCAGUAAAUUAUUUCUCCAAGGUGAAACAACUUCCUCUUGUAAAACCAUAUCUGCGUUCAGUUCAGAAUCACAACAACAAAUCUGUGAAUGAGGCUUUAAACAAUCUGUUCAUUACAGAAGAAGAUUACCAGGCACUUCGGACAUCUAUAGAUGCAUAUGACAACUUUGAUAAUAUUUCCCUUGCUCAACGACUGGAGAAGCAUGAGCUAAUUGAAUUUAGAAGAAUUGCUGCAUAUCUAUUCAAGGGCAAUAAUCGUUGGAAGCAAAGUGUGGAGCUUUGUAAAAAAGACAGGCUUUACAAGGAUGCUAUGCAGUAUGCCUCUGAAUCCAAAGAUACAGAAUUGGCGGAGGAGCUUCUGCAGUGGUUUUUGGUUGAGGAUAAAAAGGAAUGCUUUGCAGCCUGUCUCUUUACCUGCUAUGACUUGCUGCGACCAGAUGUUGUCUUGGAAACAGCAUGGAGGCACAACAUCAUGGACUUUGCCAUGCCCUACUUCAUUCAGGUCAUGAGGGAGUACUUAACUAAGGUUGACAAACUGGAUGCCUCAGAAUCUCUUAGAAAAGAAGAAGAGCAAGCAACAGAGACCCAGCCCAUUGUUUAUGGCCAGCCACAGCUGAUGUUGACUGCAGGACCCAGUGUUCCAGUACCUCCUCAAGCUGCGUAUGGCUAUGGCUAUACUGCACCUGCAUAUGGGCAACCUCAACCUGGCUUUGGGUAUUCCAUGUAAGACAGAAGGGCCUCAACCACUGAAUCUUUGGCUAUUUUCUUACCGAAACUCCACCGUCCCUAUUCUGCCCAUCGACUUCAUUACAGGGGAAAGCUGCAGAGUUUGGCUCCAUGUUCUUAAACCAUUUGAUUCAUGAAGGACAAUUGUUUUCUAAAAACACACUUGGAUCACACCUCCAUUAUAUAUUUUUUCCACAUUCCAUUUUCUUUAGAAUUUAAAUUGUUUAUUUUGAUGGGACUAGUUUCAGAAUCCUUUGUUUCAAUGGGCUUUAUGUUAUUUUAUGUUUAUUUUUGAGGACUGCUUUUAAUGUCUUCAAAAACAGGGGCAUUAUAAAGUAAUGACUUUGCUCCCCCUGAUUUUGAAGAAAAUGCUAACCCCUUCACCUCUCACAGGAUCUGCAAUACAUUACAAUGAGGUAUUUUGCAGUGGCACUGUCUGGAAGCGAAGGGGUUUCCAAUGCUUCCAGUCUCUUGUGAAGAAUCUCUGAUUUGCACUCUGUAGUGUUAGGAAACCCUAAUAUUGACUCUCUCUCAAAAAUUGUUGUAUGUAAGCGGCUUAUAUACUGUCUUAUCUAAAUACAUAUAAAUCUAAUUGUAUAUUCAGAAGAAAAGAAUUUUUCUAUUUCCACAUGCAAGACUGCCGAUGAAAAACAGAACACUAAUCUGCAUAUUCUACACCACUUCUGUUGUACAUCUCUUAUUCAUUUCAGCAGCAUUACGACACAACCUGUGCGAAAAAAACAAGGUUCCCGCCAUGUGAGGGAAUCGCCAUUUACGCCUAUAAGCGAUGCUAGUGUGUGUAGCUCACUCCAUUAUGAACAGAUGGCCCUAUGUUGUGCUGUAUCCUGUGCUUUUCUUUUUCUUUUUGUGCGACCAUUUCAUUCAGGAACAAAGAAAGCACCAUGAUUAUAGUCUGUGUACUAUCCCCUACCUGUCCCUUGAGGUUUGUGUAUGUUGGAUAUUGUGGUGUUCAUAGGUCACUGUUUUGAGUGUACAGAGGAGAGAAUUUAAGCAACAACAAGCAAAAGAAAAAUGCUGUUCAGUUUUGUUUGUGUAAUUUGAAAUGACUCAGAUUUAAAAAAAAUAAAUGAAAUAAAAGUACUGGACUGUGGACAUAUUAUACAGUGA